AUCAAUUGAAGGUACACAUGCAAGGACGAGGUCAUUCAUCCUGUCACUGUUAGACUCCUUGCUGUUUGGUAGGCGGCGAAAGCGUUACCAGCGACGAUCAGGGUCACGUGACUUUCACUGGAGGCAUUGGAUUGGGUUGGAGAGUUCCCAGGUCUUCAAUAAUGACUUCUCAUUGCUGCUCAUCCACCCACAUCCACAGUCUCACAGCGCUGCAGCGACUCUCACUCGCCUUGCCGUGACCGCCUCUACGAAGACAUACAGCAGGUGCAGCAGGAUCGGCUUGCCCAGCAGGAUGUCUUCCAUAGGACUCGCAUCAAGACUGCCAGCGCCGCGGCUCAGCAGCCGGGUGGAAGACGUGGACGAUGAGGAACCUGCAGGCCUUGCUCGCGUUGCAGCUCGCAUCUCAUCUGUGCCUUCGUCUUCCUCCACAGCCGUCACCCGCAUGACUGCCGACAUCCCAACUUAUGGACAACGACAGGGAUGGAGGCCGCAGUCUCAGACAGACUUCGGACCCGAUGGCGGAGCUUAUCCAGAGUGCCACGUGGCGCAGUAUCCGCUGGACAUGGGCAAGAUUGGUGCCAAAGGAGCAGGAAAGAGCGGGGGUGCUCUGGCACUGCAGCUCGACGCGGAAGGAAACAUACGAUAUGAUGCGAUCGUCCAACAGGGCCGAAGGGAUGGUCAGCGCGUCCAGUCUACUCAGCUGGACAUUGUCCCACUUCGACAUCGCGCAGACUACAAAGAAGGGGAGGACCGGCGGGAACGACCUUCAGAGGAAGAGGUAGCAUCGGUUACUGAGAGGACGCGGCUCGCGCUGGAGAAGAUUACCCAGACUAAAAUUAAGGCUGCACAACCGGGCAACAUUCCCAAUACUCAGGGCAAUUCGUCCUUCAUCCGAUAUACACCAGGUCAGCAAGGCGGUGGAGAUGGAAAGCAGCGCAUCAUCAAGAUGACCGAGGUCGUUGAGGACCCGUUAGAGCCGUCACGCUGGAAGCACAAGAAGGUGCCACGAGGGCCGCCAUCACCGCCGCCUCCAGUCUUGCGCUCGCCACCGCGCAAGGCGACCGCGCAGGAGCUGCAAGAGUGGGCCAUCCCGCCUUCGAUUUCAAACUGGAAGAACAACCGAGGAUUCACGAUCCCGCUCGACAAGCGUCUCGCAACGGAUGGGCGAGGGCUGCAUGAUGUGCAUAUCAACGACGGAUUCGCGCAAUUUAGCGAGGCACUCAACCUGGCAGAUAGACACGCGAGGGAGGAGGUUAGGCAACGUGCUGCGAUGCAGCAAAAGCUGGCGGCGAAAGAGAAGGCUGCAAAGGAGGAGCACUUGCGGAUGCUAGCUCAGCGAGCGAGGGAAGAGCGUGCAGGUAUUGCGACGCCAUCCUUUGCCGGUGACAGCGAGGCGGGGCCAUCGGGCAGUGCUCGCGAGGCCCCUUCAGCCGCCAGCAACGGAAGGAUGACCGCCGCGGCGGGAGGCGCGAUGCCUAGCGCGCUGGCCGGCUACGGAUCGGAUUCAGGCGAGAGCGACUCGGAGGAUAGCGAGGAAGAAGCUGCGGCGCGGGAGCGCGAUCGGCUGCGUGCAGAGCGCAAGCGCGAGCGGGAGCGCGAGCUACGCAUGUCCAACAUGGGCACCGAGCAGCGCGCCAAAAUGAUCGCCAAGGAGCAGAAUCGCGACAUCUCCGAGAAGAUCGCGCUGGGACUGGCCAAGCCGAGCACGCAGGGUGGCGAGCUAGACGCACGCCUGUUCAACCGCGAGACCUUCAAUGCGAGUUUCGGCAAUGAUGACUCGUACAACCUGUACGACAAGCCGCUGCUACAAGGCUCGUCUGCAGCGCAAGCCAUCUACAGCCGACCAGGCGGCGGGAACGGCACCGCGGACGACAUCUACGCAGGAGGCACGGAGGAGGGCAUCGGCGAAGCGCUCAAGAACGAUCGGUUCGGGCUCGGCAAGAGCCGCUUCGAAGGCGCCGACAUGGCCGAGGAGAGACACGGCCCGGUGCAGUUCGAGAAGGACCAGGCGGAUCCCUUUGCCAUCGAACAGUUUUUGGACGCUGCCAAGCGCGGAACCAAGCGCGCCGGGCUCGAGCUCGCAGGAUCCGACAGCCGCAAGAAGCAGAGGGAUGAUGAUGAGUGAAAGCAUGUUCGAUUGGACUUCAUGACCCAGCAGGAUUCUCCCUCUGCUGUCCGGACCUCCCCAUGGCUCUCGUGUGCCAACCGUUCUUCAAAGGUUGCUAUCUUAGAUCACUCCAUGUACAAUAAAAAUUCACAGUGGCAUCGCGCGGGGGCUUCAGCGCCUUUCUCCAUCACUGCAUCAGCUCUGCAAGUCC